AUGUCACAGAGGACCGGCCUGUCCCCCUCCAACGUCUCCGAAGCAUCGACAUCGUCGCAGCCCUCAGUCGCUCAGCCUUCGGGCUCCGGGGACGUCACGUCGCCCGAGGCUAGAAAAUAUGUCACUCAGGCAUGCCAGCCAUGCCGUGCCAAGCGCUCCAAGUGUGACAACGCCCAUCCCACCUGCUCAGCCUGCGUAGCGCGAGGAACGCUAUGUGUCUACUCCGAUGUCGACCGCCGGAGAGGCAAGCUGAGGGCGAACGAGACGGACGCUCUGCAAGAGCGAGUCCGGAAGGUCGAAAACAUUAUCAACGUUCUGACGCAGCGAUCCGAGGAGGAGGCGUACGACCUGCUGAGGAGGAUGAGGACUAACCCACCUCAAUCUCUGGGCAGUGAGGGGUUGGCUGAAUGGACGCAGGCACGGGAGAGGGAGGGGGAAUUCAAUGCUCCGGCUGCACGCGUCUACACGGUCCACGACCUUCCACCGGAACACCUGAUACAGUACGGCAUCAGAGCAUUCUUUAGCAGCACCUAUACAUUAUUCUAUAUCUACGAAAAACAAGAGAUGGACGACCUCCUGAACAGGGUAUACCGAACCCACGAAGCCGUCGACAAUGCGACCCUAUGCGAACUCUGCGCCGCGGCCGCAGUCGGGAGCCACUAUGAUGGCGACAAGUUGGACGGACCGGUCUUGGACGCCUUGUUCCAGACCGCCACGAUUUAUAUGAGUGACUGUAUCGAGUCACAGUUUCUGCGAGGCAUGAGGGUGCUUCUGUGUCUCGGCAUCGUUUCAUCUUUGACCAAGCGCACGAGCGCUCGUUUAUCGAUCGCUUCUGGAUUGAGACUGGCACGUUGGGCACGUCUGCAGCAGCAAGAUAUCUUGCCCUGGGUCGCCUACCGGAAAGUCUACCGAUCGCUUGUCUUUAUGGAGUGCUGGCUUGCUUCGACCCUCGGAUACCAGCCUGAUCUCAGCCACGAGGAGGCCGAGAAACCAGAAAAGAUGAGGGCUAAUACCUUCUUUUCCCUUGAUCCUGCCAGUGGUCAGGCAUUUAGCGCCUGCAGCGUUCUCCUCUUCGCGGCCGCUCAGCGACUCUUAUACGAUCAGAGAGAUAGUGUUCAGGUCUACCUCUCUGGGUCCCAGGAAUGCAUUAAUAUGCUCGCCAGUUGCAGUGUUGUGGACCGUGUGGCAAACUCGUUGCUCCAGAUCGUCCGACCACUGCACCAGGAUCUUCAGCGACUAGCUAGUACCGAAUCCAGCAGUCGACCGAAGAGCGGAAUCUACGAUCUACUCGAAAAUCCACAUGCGGAUGCUGCCACCAGUCCACCCACCACGGCAGGCAUGCGAGGGUGGUCCCCAGGAGCUCAGCAAUACCAAGGCAUCACCGGCGAACCCAGUGCGUUGCCGCCGCCGAUCCGCACAGCCGCUAUACCGGCCAUGCAGCAUGCGAUUGAAGUUCUGGGAAAUCCGUUUGGCCUUCCCAGGAGGCUGAACACCGAUUCGUUCGCCGCCGGGGACCCUAUCGCUCCGAGCUGGAGCUGA